CAACAUCACCGCAUUCAUCAAGUAUUAAAAGACAAGAUUGGACAAGAAAAAGUUUUUUAACGCUCAAAAAUAAAUUUUUACAAACGAUCCAAACAGAUGUAAUCGCCGCUUAACAUUAUUAAUAAACCGUGUUUUUGGAUCUUAUCAGAUUUAAAUUCGCCAUAUGUUAAAAUUAAACUAAAAAAAUGGAUUAUUCCCCGGACGCAACGAGCAGAUUUGUUUGCCCAAACGAUAGACAACUCGCGUUAAGGGCGAAAUUAAAAACGGGAUGGAGCGUCAAAACAGCUUGCGUCGGUUAUAAUCAACCCUCCAACAACCUCCGAGAAGACGAACAAGCCGUCAUAAUAGACGUUAUUAAACGGGCCGAAAAAGUCGAUCAAUUAGAACAAGAAAGGGUCGGAAAGUUGGUCGAGAAAUUCGAAAAUUUGCGCAGAAACGCUUUGGGGCGAGACCCGAAUCAGUGUUUGUUAUGCGGGGAUGGUUUCGGGGUGUUUAUAACGCAAAAAUUCGUCUGCAUCGAUUGCCGAAAAUUGGUCUGCAUUAAAUGCGCGAUUAACGCGUCUCCGAAUAAGACCCGAAGGAAUUCGAAUCCUUUCGCGACAAAAUCAACUCUGUACUUUGCGAAUUCGAAGGAUCGUUGGCUUUGCAUGAUUUGCGCCGAAUCCCGGGAGAUUUGGAAGAAAUCGGGGGCUUGGUUCUUUAAGGCUUUGCCCAAGUACGUUUUGCCGAGUCAAAUCGCGCCUCCGCUCCGUUUUAAUCGGAGUUGCAACAGCAGUAAGCGGUCGAAGAAGCGAUUCAAAGACGAUAGCAGUUCGGAUGAGGAGAGACCUUUUUGGCCGAAAAUCGAGCGAAGAAACUCAAGCACUGAGAGUACCCACGAUGCCCAAGAGAUUACAUUCCAAGAGGAUAAAGAGAACCAAAAAGAAGCUGUGAUCUUCACCUUAGAAAAAGAAGACGAUUUUAAGUUAGAAUUAGCUUCUGGGGAGAGUUCUGAGUUGUCUCGGAGGGAUUCUUUGGCGAGUAGAACGAUUUCUGAUUGGAAUUGGAAUUCGGAUGCUAAAAGCGAAGAUAGAGUCUCACCUGGGGCUUGUAGCGUAACAAGUAGCAUAUUUAAGAAUCCCAUUGAGGAGCAUAAACCUUUGGAUGCUUCGAUGGGGUUAAUCGAGUUAUCUCUUAAUUACGACCCAAUGAGCUAUAUUUUGCACUGCACCGUUUACCGCGCGAAAAAUCUCGAAGCCAUGGACAUUAACGGAUUGGCCGACCCAUUUUGCAAACUCAACAUUUUACCCAACGAAAAAGAAUCGACCAGAUUAAGAACCAAGACGGUCCAUAAAACGAGAAACCCCGAGUUUAACGAAAACUUAACGUUUUAUAACCUCUCUGAGGAGGAUUUGGUCAAAAAAUACUUAUACAUCUUAGUCUUAGACGAUGAUAAAUACGGGCAUGAUUAUCUGGGGGAGACGCGGAUUAAUUUGGCGAAAUUACGGAUUCAAAAUACUAUUUAUUUAACAGUUCCUUUAGAAAAAACCGCUUCGCCCGAAUUAACUCAUUGGAUUGAAGAUUUAUUCGCGAGAGGGAGGAUUUUGUUAUCUUUGUGUUAUAACACGAAAAGAAGGGCCCUUUUAGUCACAGUUUGUCGCUGCGAAAAUUUGCUCCCAAUGGAUAAUAACGGAUACUCAGAUCCUUUCGUUAAAUUAUUAUUAAGACCCGAUCCCCACCACAGGAAGCAUAAAACCUCGAUUAAAUGGAAAGAAUUGAACCCUAUCUUCAACGAGGAAUUCGCGUUUGAAACUCGCCCAACGGAGUUAUCGACGCAAAGUCUCCACAUUGCGGUUUGGGAUAAAGAUUACGGGAAAAGUAAUGAUUAUUUGGGGGGGUUGGUGUUGGGGGGGAUGGGGUCGAAGGGGCAAAGAUUGAAACAUUGGCUUGAUAUGAUAAGGUACCCCGAUCAUAAACAGGAACGAUGGCAUCAUUUGACUGAGGAUCCGAUCGGGGAUUGAAUUGGAGGAAUGAAUUGUUUAAAUUGGACCAUUUUAUCUGUUUGAUGUACUUUUGUAUUAAGGUGAUGCGAAUAAAAAUGCUUUAAAAUGUU